AUGGCCAUCCUCCAGAGGCUGGGCCUCCGCCGGCGCAGCAGAUUCGACCCUCAAACGCCCCUCGAUGCCUUCCUCGACUCACCACUGCAGACGCUCAUCUCUGCCCUGUACGCCCUUCUGCUGAUGCUCCGCGGCCGCCCGUACGCGCCGCCAACACACAAUGGCAUUCGCGUCGUCUGUCUCUCCGACACGCACGACCUCUUCCCCGCCGACCCUGUGCCCGAGGGCGACCUCCUCAUCCACGCCGGCGACCUCUCGACCCCAGGCACGGCGGCGGCGCUGCAGGCGCAGAUUGACUUUCUCGCGGCCCAGCCGCACACGCACAAGGUGCUCGUCGCCGGCAACCACGACGCCUACUUUGACCCGAACGCGCGCUCGCUCGCCGACCGUACCUUCCGCGCGCCCCUCGACCUCAAGGGCGUCCACUACCUCCAGCACGAGGCCCUGACGCUGACCUUUGCCGCCCGCGGCGGCCGUCGCCUGCGCCUCUACGGCGCCCCCGACAUUCCGCGCUGCGGGCCCGCCGACUUUGCCUUCCAGUACGAUGCCGCCGCGCCGCCCUGGCAGGGCGCCGUCCCCGCUGACACGGACAUCCUCAUCACCCACACGCCGCCCUUUGCCCACCGUGACCUGCGCCUCGGCUGUCCCGCGCUGCUGGCCGAGCUGUGGCGUGUGCGCCCGCGCCUGCACGUCUUCGGGCACGUGCACUUCGGACACGGCCGCGAGGCUGCCCACUACGACGGCGCGCAGGCGGCGUACGAGUCGCUCGUCGCGCGCAGGGGCGGGCCUGUGCGGGAUCUGCUUCCAAGCGGCGCCUGGAUCGAUGCGCUCAAGGUCGCCGCCUACGGGCUGCACGCCGUCGUGUUCAAGGUCUUGAUGCUCGGGCCUGGCGGCAACACGGGCGGCACGUGGCUUGUGAACGCGGGGCUCAUGAAGGGGAACAGUGGCAAGCUCGGAAACCCGCCGCAGGUUAUUGUGUUGUAG